AUGACGACCCUACGCCAUGAAGACUACACCGUCGGGUGGAUUUGCGCGCUCUCCUUGGGGAUGGCCGCGGCGAAGGCAAUGCUGGAUGAAAUACACGAGGACCUACCGGUCAAGCCAAACGAUCACAACGCCUAUACCUUAGGAAGGAUCGGAAAGCACAACGUUGCUAUCGCAUGCUUGCCGAGCGGAGAGUACGGGAUUGCUUCUGCUGCAACAGUGGCCACGCAGUUGCUAUCAAGCUUUCAAUCGGUCAAAUUCGGGUUGCUGGUCGGUAUUGGAGGCGGGAUUCCAAGUAGGGAUGCGGAUAUCAGGCUAGGAGACGUUGUGGUCGGUCUUCCGACCAGCAGCACAACUCAUGGGGGCGUUAUCCAAUAUGAUCUUGGGAAGGCAACUCAUGCCGGCAAAUUUGUGCGGACAGGGGCCUUAAACCGGCCACCGCAAAUCCUUCUGACGGCUGUCUCCAAAUUGCAGGCGAUUCAUCAAAUGGAAGGUAGCAAGAUUUCCAAAUUUGUGGGUGAGAUUUCCAAAAAGUAUCCGAUGAUGCGCUGGAGCUACACGGAUCGCCACGGGGUAGACUCAUUGUUCGAAGCAAGUUAUCAGCAUGAGGAACUGCGUUCUUCUUGCAUCAACUGUGACUCAAGUCAGCGUGUAAAGCGGCCCAUCAGAACUAGCCAAGAGCCAGUGAUUCAUUAUGGACUGAUAGCCUCGGGCAAUCAGGUGGUCCGGGACGGCCAUGUCCGGGACCAUUUAGGGCGGCAGCAUGGAGCGUUAUGCGUGGAAAUGGAAGCCGCGGGCCUUGUCAACGACUACCCAUGCCUGGUUAUUCGCGGAAUAUGUGACUAUGCCGACUCGCAUAAAAACAAAACCUGGCAGCGUUACACAGCUGCGGUUGCAGCUGCGUAUGCCAAAGAGCUUCUUCUAGUGACCUCGGAUCACUCGGUUGAAGACAACGGCCAAGCGAUGAAAGCCAAGUUCGUUCGGUAUACAGGCUCUGGUAGGGUUUCCACAGCCUAUCCGGAGGUGAGGAAGCGAGUGAACUGGCUUCGCUCACUACACCCUUCUAGGGUGGAGGUUCCUCGUAUAAUCCAAGCGAGUCCGAGUGAAACAACAUGGUGUCAGAUGUUCAACAACCGUGACUAUGGCAGAUGGUAUUAUGGACGCCAGGUGGAUACACACAAAGGUCUUAUCUGGAUCAAAGGCAAGCCAGGAUCAGGCAAAUCAACCUUCAUGAAGCAUGCUUUUUGUCGAGCCUUGGACGAGCUGCAAGAAGAGGGCGCAGUGGUAGCCGCAUUCUCUUUUAAUGCUCAAGACAAAAACAAGGUAGACCUUUUUGGAUCCCUUCUUCACCAGCUGCUCCAAGCAAACGAGAGUGAUCUCCAUACUUUUAUGAAGGCGUUUGACGAUAAGCUUGAGAAUAUCGGCUCAGACGCGAAAUGGAGCGAGGAAGAGCUGUGGUCAUAUCUGAAGGCUAUGUUCACGGUUCAGCGGCGAUCCAGGACAUUGUUCUUUGUGGACGGGCUAGAUGAAUGCGAGAGCGGCGGGAUGAGAGAACUGGCUCUUUUGUUUCGCGAGAUGACAACAGCAGCGCAUGCUGUUGACGCAAAAUUGAGCAUCUGCUUGUUCAGCAGGGAGUACCCAAAAGUCAGUGUUGAAUCUUGCCCCGAAAUUAUGAUUGACCGGUUGAAUGGCAUUGACAUACGGCGCUACGUGGAACAAAAGUUCAACAUAGUUGGCGUCGGUAAGCAUCAGGAAUGGCGCAAGCUGGCAGCCGCUAUCGUUGACAAGUCUUCCGGAGUGUUCCUUUGGGUGGUUCUUGUCGUUGAUACUGUGUUGAAGGACCACGAUGAUGGCAAGAAUCUCAAAUAUCUUGAGAGGCGACUUCGAGAGACUCCACUAGCACUAGAAAAGCUCUUCGAACAGCUACUCAUUACGGUCGAUUCGCACGAUCUUGAUCUGACUAAAAAGUUGUUCUCUUGGGUGGUAUACGCGGUGAAGCCACUUCGACUGCUCGAAUGGCACCACAUACUCGCCUGGAUCCGUGAUGAACCGCCGAAAUCCCUGAAGGAGUGGCGGAAGUCCUCCGAUUAUACAGAGACCGCGUGGCAGUUAGAGCGCCAGCUCCAAAGAAUCUCCAGAGGGCUAGUUGGGAUCAACGCUCAAGAGACGGAAUCAGCUCUUGAUGAUAGAAACUCAAUGUGUGGCGAUGCUGGAUCUCUGAACAGCCAAGAAGGAGAGACGAGAACAGUCCAAGUAAUUCACGGCUCGGUUCGGGAGUUUUUCCUUUCAGGCAGAGGAUUCGAAGUGUUAAAUCGUUCCGGAUCAUGUACUUCUGGUUCUGGCGAUAUCAGUAUUUUGGAGACUUGCCUCAGCUAUAUACGCAUCUCUGAACUGGAUGCUCUGGUAUCCCAGCGAGAAGAGGUUGGUAACACUCGACUCAUGGGCAAGCGUACGAGAAGCGAGGCGAGUUUUGGGUCAUCGGCCUCGAAUUACACUGAACAAUAUAGACUGCCCAAUGAUGACAGACCAAGUUCCCCAGUCCAGUCUCUUUUCCCUUCAGGUCAUAUGGAGGAAGCUGCAUUACCGGAUGAGGGAGGGGAAUCAUCAGUUCCUCUCCGCAGUUUUGCAUUAGAGCAAUAUCUGCAAGAUUCCGUAUCGGCCAUUGAUCCUGAUGCUGCGGCACGAGCUGCAGCUGAUCUUGACAGCCUUCAUUCAGAGACAGCUGGGUCACAAACUCUGGAGGAUCAUCCAGCGCUACUGUCAUACGCACUGGAUGCGUUUCUACUUCAUGCCACUUGCGCAGACAAGCGUGGUGUCAGCCCGAACUACAUGCUCGACCAACUUAGGAGCGGAAAUAUCUGGCACCGCUGGCUACACCUAGCAGACACACUUCCACUCAAUACACGUUUGCUAUAUUUUGCUGUCGACCAUGAUUUGAUUUCUUGGGUAAAGUAUCUAUUGUCUACGGGUUCCAUUCCCAACGACCCAGGAGGAGCUAAUCGAUAUCCCCUGAAUGCUGCAAUUGCCAAGGGCCAUCUCGAAGUCAUGAAGCUGCUAUUAGAAUAUGGUGCCAGACCGAAUGUUGCAGACAGUGAUCACAACCAGCCACUUCACCACAUCGCCAAGCAGGGCCAGACUGAGCUACUUUCCGGCUUUCUUCACCUGCUGCAUUCAUCCGGUGACACCACAGUUGACAGAUUGGUUAACCGCAGAGGUCAAUUCAACGAGACACCUUUGCAUGUCGCCGUGAAAAAUGGUCAUGUAUCUAUGACUGAACAACUGCUGGCAUGUGGAUCAGACCCAAACAGGGUUGACACUUUUCACAAAACAGCUCUUUAUCACGCUUGCGAAUCCGGUCAACCAAAUUUAAUUAUUUGCAAACUUCUUCUCGCGAGCGGAGCGCGGGCAACUAUCUCAUCCGAGAGCAACCUAUAUCCAUCUCAGGUUGCGUUCCAAAAGGGGUUUUUGGCUGGAGUAUCUCUGCUGAAUGAUUAUCUGGUGCCAGACGCAGAGCCAUUAUCUGACCUGUUAUCCAAAAUGACGGUCCAAGUAGUGGAGGCCACUGGUAUAGACUUGAUGAAGCGGCCAUACAUCCUCACUUCAUUCGACGAGGAAAGGAAGAUCCUUUAUCCAACGGAGAACUCUCCAGCAGGGAGGAGCGAAUGGAACAAAGUCCACUUCCUCGUAUCUGAUAGUUCCGUGGGAAGGCUGUACCUUCACUUGCUUGACUUGCAAUAUCCAGAGACGCGUGACUUGUGGGUAUACGCAGCAAGUUGGCGUGUGAGAUAUGUUACCAGUGAAGGGAAGCAUAUCGCUGAGCACAAGCAGUGUUAUACGCAUAAUGCGAGAUUCGGGCAUAGAUCUUACAUUGCCCCAUGGAGAUUGCGCUCCGUAUCAGUGACUCUCGAGGUGAUUGUUCCACUAAUACUUGAGAACAGAGCAAGAGAUGGAAUGCUUGUGCGAGACAUUCGAUUGUGA